GUGAAGUGCCACAAGUUAAUAAUCAAUAAUAAUAGUCAAGUUAAUUAAUAAUUAAUUACCAAGUGAUCAAUAACACAACCUAAUAAGCUUAUUUUUCAUCCUGCAAACAAAUUCAAAGAAAAAAAACAACAAAUUCGCUCAAAAUGCGCUUUACAAGCAACAUGGCACAAAUUAUCGACGGCAAGUUGAUCUCCGCUGAGAAACUCACAAAGCUGCGCCAGGAAGUGGCAGAGUUCGUGGGCGCUGGGAAUCCCAUACCCCAUUUGACGGCUGUGAUUGUUGGCGAGGAUCCCGCCAGCCAGAGGUAUGUGAGGCACAAAAUGGUGGCCUGCAAGGAGGUGGGCAUUUCCAGUGAAACCAAAUGGCUGCCCGCCAACACCACCCAAGACGAGCUGCUGCAGCUGAUCGGGCAACUGAACGGGGAUGACAAUGUGUCGGGAGUGCUUGUCCAGCUACCGGUGCCAGAGCACAUUGACGAGCGCACCAUUUGCAAUGCUGUGGCGCCCGAGAAGGAUGUUGAUGGCUUCAAUGAGAUCAAUAUGGGUCGUCUGGCCCUCGACAUGGAGGGCUUUGUGCCGGCCACACCGCUGGGCGUAAAGGCACUCCUGGAGCACUCCAACAUAGCGACGCACGGCCGAAAUGCCGUUGUGGUGGGUCGCUCCAAGAAUGUCAGCCUGCCGUUGGCCAUUCUCAUGCAUUCGGAUGGCAAGAAUGCCACCAAGGCGUUGGAUGCCACGGUGACCAUCUGUCACAGGUAUACGCCGCCCAAGGAGCUGGCGAGGCACUGUCGCCAGGCGGACAUCAUUGUGGUUGCUGUCGGCAAGCCUGGACUCAUCACCAAGGACAUGGUUAAGCCGGGCGCCUGUGUCAUCGAUGUGGGCAUCACUGAAAUUACGGAUGAGAAAACGGGCAAGAGAAAGCUGGUGGGCGACGUCGACUUUGAGGAGGUUCGCCAAGUUGCUGGACACAUUACCCCAGUGCCCGGUGGCGUUGGGCCCAUGACCGUCACUAUGCUGAUGUACAACACCCUCAAGGCGGCCAAGACGCAGGCAGCCAGUCGCCUGGUGUGAUGCUCUUUCCCACAACAGGAGUUCUAUAGAACUUAGGUUCUGAAAUAGUAUUUUCUUAUUUAAAUCGCUAACAUUUAAUAGAUUUAUAGACUAACUGACAAGCCGCUAACCUCUCUAACUGGCGACCCUUGGUGCCACAUUUGUUUCUACAUAUAACGCAAAACAAAAUAUAACCAAGAAUUUACAAAUA